AUGUCUGCAUCCAAGUCAAUCGUUGGAGAGGCAUUGGAAUACGUAAGCAUUGGUUUAAGCUAUUUUCUGGCUCUGCCAUUGGCUCAAAGAAUCUCUUUGAUCAUAAUAGCUCCAUUCAUUUACAAUAUCGUAUGGCAAUUGCUAUAUUCUUUGAGGAAAGACCGUCCACCUCUAGUAUUCUACUGGAUCCCAUGGGUCGGUAGUGCUAUUCCAUAUGGUACAAAGCCAUACGGCUUCUUCGAACAAUGUCAAAAAAAAUACGGUGAUAUUUUUUCAUUCGUUCUAUUAGGCAGAGUCAUGACUGUGUAUUUGGGUCCAAAGGGUCACGAGUUUGUCUUCAAUGCCAAGUUGGCUGACGUCUCCACAGAGGCUGCUUACUCCCAUUUGACUACUCCAGUUUUCGGUAAAGGUGUUAUCUAUGAUUGUCCAAACUCCAGAUUGAUGGAACAGAAGAAAUUUGUCAAAGGUGCUCUGUCCAAGGAGGCCUUCAAGAGUUACGUCCCAUUGAUUGCUGAAGAGGUCUACAAGUAUUUCAGAGACUCCAAGAAUUUCCGUUUGAACGAGAGAUCUACAGGUACUAUUGACGUCAUGGUUACCCAACCAGAAAUGACCAUCUUCACUGCUUCAAGAUCUUUGUUAGGUAAGGAAAUGAGAGAAAAAUUGAACACCGAUUUCGCGUACCUGUACAGUGACUUGGACAAGGGUUUCACACCAAUCAACUUCGUUUUCCCCAACUUACCACUGGAACACUACAGAAAGAGAGAUCACGCUCAAAAAACUAUCUCCGGUACUUACAUGUCUCUAAUCAAGGAAAGAAGAAAGAAUAACGACAUCCAAGACAGAGACUUGAUCGACUCUUUGAUGAAGAACUCUACUUACAAGGACGGUGUCAAGAUGACUGAUCAAGAAAUUGCCAACCUGUUGAUUGGUGUCUUAAUGGGUGGUCAACACACUUCCGCUGCCACUUCUGCCUGGAUUUUGCUACAUUUGGCUGAAAGACCAGAUGUUCAACAGGAAUUGUACGACGAACAAAUGCGUGUUUUGGACGGCGGUAAGAAAGAACUGACUUAUGAUUUACUCGAAGAAAUGCCACUAUUGAACCAAACAAUCAAGGAAACUUUGAGAAUGCACCAUCCAUUGCACUCUUUGUUCCGUAAAGUUAUGAAAGAUAUGCACGUUCCAAACACUUCCUAUGUCAUUCCAGCGGGCUACCACGUUUUGGUUUCCCCAGGCUACACUCAUUUAAGAGACGAAUAUUUCCCACAAGCCCAUCAAUUCAACAUUCACCGUUGGAACAACGAUGCUGCCUCUUCUUACUCUGUCGGUGAAGAAAUUGAUUACGGUUUCGGUGCCAUUUCUAAGGGUGUCAGCUCUCCAUACUUACCUUUCGGUGGUGGUAGACAUAGAUGUAUCGGUGAACAUUUUGCUUACUGUCAAUUAGGUGUCUUGAUGUCUAUCUUUGUUAGAACUUUGAAAUGGCAUUUCCCAGAAGGUAAGAGUGUCCCUCCUCCUGAUUUCGCAUCUAUGGUUACUCUUCCAACGGGUCCAGCCAAGGUUAUCUGGGAAAAGAGAAAUCCAGAACAAAAGAUCUAA